AUGGUAAACCAGCAUAAAAUGUAUCUAUUAUAUUGUUGCCAUAUCUUCAAACUUUCACGCGCGAAGCUAAGUAAGUAUUUACUUAAGGAAGUAAAUACUUACUUCAUUUUUGCUACGAGUGUGUGAUAUGAUUUAGCGACACAAAUAUAUAAAGGGCCCCAUACACGUUGAAACAUGCAUUGAUGCCAGUACUGGUACUCGGUUGGCACCACUGUAAGUGUUACGGAAAUGUAGAGGGGAAGGGUCAGACAAUCGCCGGCUGUGGGAGAAAAAUUUAUAUUGCAUCUGCAGUCAGUGGUUUGAUGCAAAUGCUGUGCGGGUUAUGGAAACGUAAACAGAACUCGGCUAUUUUCUUGAUUUAUUUACUACGUGUUUAGUAUAAAUUUUAAAUUGAAGUAUGAGAAAAUUCAAUUUAAAAACAAUGAUGUCUGCUUUUACAUAUUAAAUUUUAUAUAUUUUUAUCUUUGAGUGAGACUUUUAUGCUAAAAAAUGGGCAGCGAAACUCAGAUCACCAAUAUCGUCAGUGAUAUUUUGAAAGUAGAAGCCAUAGAAGAAGCAUUUAGUUGUGUGCUUGUGCACCAUCCAAAUAAUGAAAGUGAAAAAAUAUCAUCAUGGCAAAAAGAGUUGACAUCUGCUAUGUCAAAUUUAACUAAGGAACAGCAAGAAGGUGCUGUUCGACAAUUUUUAUCUAUGGCAGCAGCAAUGACAAAUCAUAGACGAUUACAAUUGUUAUUAUCUUUGCUUGAAAAUCUAGUAACUUCUAAUGUUUUACCGUCAAGACUUGUAUGUGAAUGUAUAUUAAGUUGUGACAAACUACAGUACCAAUUAGAAGACUUUUGGGUUGAAUGUUUUGUCCUCAUACGACAUAUUAUUGGAGGGGUUGAUUACAAGGGUGUUAGAGAAAUAAUGAAAGGUUGCAAAGAAAAAGCACAAACUAUUCCUGCUAGAUUGAAUGCAUCUGUUCAACCACAAUUGAAAGCAUUAGAAAAUGUAAUUGAGUAUAUUUUCGAUAGGAAUGCUUGUCUGUUGCCAGGCUAUUUUAUUGUAAAUGAAAUUCAGAAGGCUUUUCCAGAUGGUAAAAACUGGCCACACUGGAAAUUAGCAAAAUUACUUUCAAAUUUUGUUGAAAGUUUUCGUACAACUGCACAAAUGGUAUCUAUUGUCGGACAUUCAAAAAUGUUACCAGUGGUAGAGCAUACUGGCUAUGCAGAUUUAAUUAAUCCUUGGGUACUUGACACGACAACCUUAAAAUUUUCUUUGAAAGGAAAUUUGCCUUAUGAUGAAGAUCUACUUAAACCUCAAACUGGAUUACUUAGAUACGUUUUAGAACAACCCUAUAGCAGAGACAUGGUGUGCUCAAUGCUUGGUUUACAAAAACAGCAAAAACAAAGGUGUGCAGCUUUAGAGGAGCAAUUAGUUGAAUUAGUUAUUCUCGCCAUGGAGCGUGCAGAGAAUGAAACACUGCCAGCUGAAGGAAUAGAUGGAACUGUUGCAAAUCAUUAUGUAUGGUUGCAUCUUUCUUCACAACUUAUAUAUUUUGUACUUUUUUCAUACGCUUGUUUCCCAAAUAUUGUGAUCGCAAUCCACGAUAAAUUGGCAGGCAGAGAUUUGAGAAAAGGAAGAGAUCAUUUAAUGUGGGUCUUACUACAGUUUAUUUCUGGAAGUAUUCAAAGAAACCCACUAUCAAACUUUUUGCCAGUAUUAAAAUUAUAUGAUCUUCUUUAUCCCGAAAAAGAACCUUUGCCUGUUCCGGAUUACACUCAGGCACUGUGUACUCAUCAAAUGGCAAUAACAUGUAUAUGGAUACAUUUAUUGAAAAAAGCUCAAUCUGAACACUCAAAUAUCCAUAGACCAAUACCUCACACUUUAAAGUUACAUCAUGAAUUUUUGCAACAUCUGGUAAUGCCAAAUACUUCCCUUUGUAUGGGUUCUGACUAUCGCAUCGCAUUAUUGUGUAAUGCGUACUCGACGAAUCAAGAAUAUUUUGGUAGACCAAUGGCAGCUUUGGUCGAUACUAUACUUGGUACACAGAAAGGUCAGCAGCAACAACCAAUGCAAACAUUACAAAAUAAUGCAUCUCUUGCAAGUGGUCCAACUACACCAUUGUCUAUGUCUAUUUUGGAUUCAUUAACAGUUCAUUCAAAAAUGAGCCUUAUACACAGCAUUGUUACCCACGUUAUUAAAUUAGCUCAGUCUAAGAGUAAUAUGGCAUUAGCACCAGCAUUAGUGGAAACGUAUAGUCGAUUAUUAGUGUAUACCGAAAUCGAAAGUCUUGGUAUCAAAGGAUUCAUUAGUCAAUUACUUCCAACAGUUUUCAAAUCUCAUGCAUGGGGAACAAUGUAUACCCUCUUAGAAAUGUUCAGUUAUAGGAUGCAUCAUAUACAGCCCCAUUAUAGGGUGCAACUUCUAUCUCAUUUACACAGUCUCGCAGCUGUACCACAAACUAAUCAAACACAACUUCACUUGUGCGUAGAAAGUACUGCUCUACGUUUAAUUACUGGCUUAGGAUCUGCCGAAGUGCAGCCACAGUUAUCUAGAUUCUUGUCAGAACCAAAAACCCUUGUUUCUGCAGAAUCUGAAGAGCUAAACAGAGCUUUAGUAUUAACUUUGGCACGAUCCAUGCAUGUCACGGGUACAGGAUCAGAUAGUCACAGUGGUACAUGGUGUAAGGAAUUAUUGAAUACAAUAAUGCAGAAUACACCACAUUCGUGGGCGAAUCAUACUCUUCAAUGUUUCCCACCAGUUCUCAGUGAAUUUUUCCAACAAAAUAGUGUACCGAAGGAAAAUAAACAGCAAAUAAAAAAGGCAGUAGAAGAAGAAUAUCGAAAUUGGGCUUCAAUGAGUAAUGAAAACGACAUUAUAGCGCAUUUUUCUGUACCUGGGACACCACCUUUAUUUUUGUGCCUUUUAUGGAAGAUGAUUUUCGAAACUGAUCGUAUUAGUCCAAUUGCAUAUAAGAUUUUAGAAAGAAUUGGCGCUAGAGCUUUAUCAGCGCAUCUCAGAAAAUUUUGUGAUUAUCUUGUAUUUGAAUUUGCUAACAGUGUGGGUGGUCAACACGUAAACAAAUGUGUAGAUACAGUCAAUGAUAUGAUAUGGAAGUACAAUAUAGUGACCAUUGAUAGACUAAUUCUCUGUCUAGUCCUAAGAACUCAUGAAGGCAGUGAGGGACAAGUAUGCUUUUUCAUUAUUCAGUUACUUUUGCUUAAGGCCAUUGAAUUUAGAAAUAGAGUUCAAGAAUUUGUCAAAGAAAAUUCUCCAGAGCAUUGGAAGCAGUCAAAUUGGCAUGAAAAACAUCUGGCAUUUCAUAGAAAGUUUCCAGAAAAGUUUGCUCCUGAAGGUAUCAUGGAACAAACUAGCGGUGGUCCUAGUCAAUAUCAGAGUUUACCUGUUUACUUUGGAAACGUGUGUCUACGAUUUUUACCAGUUUUUGAUAUUGUUGUACAUAGAUACUUAGAAAUUCCUGCCGUGUCAAAAAGUUUAGAAACAUUAUUAGAACAUUUAGGAUGUCUAUACAAAUUUCAUGACCGACCCGUAACGUUUUUGUAUAAUACAUUACAUUAUUAUGAACGUAAGCUGAGGGACAGACCGCCUUUAAAACGGCGUCUAGUGUCUGCGGUUUUAGGUUCAUUAAGAGAAAUUCGAGCUCAAGGAUGGGCCCUUUCAGAAGCUUAUCAAAUGUACAUGACCAGAUCAUCUGAUGAUGUUGUGACGUGGAUGCCAGAAUUGGAUUACUAUAUUCGUUUAGUACGCAGAAUUGUAGAAACGAUGUCAGGUAUAGCUCAUUUUCCCAAUACUGAUUGGAGAUUCAAUGAAUUUCCAAAUCCAGCUGCACAUGCACUAUAUGUUACAUGUGUGGAACUCAUGGCAGUUCCAGUUGCUCCUAAUUUGGUCGCUAAUUCAUUAUUGGACGUGGUUGCAAAAGGGUACACUGUGAUACCAUCAGAUGAAAUUCAUUUAUGGAUAAAUUGUGUGGGGUUGUUAUUGGCUGCUUUACCAGAAUGUUAUUGGUCAGCACUACAUGAUCGAUUAGUAGAAACUAUAAAUAGCCCAGGAUUAGCAAUUUGGCAAUAUAAUAACUUGACACCAUUUCAAAUGUUUAAUUUUAAUAGUACUCAUAAUAGUUUAUUGGAAAACAAAUAUAGUUAUAUGUUGGCAUUAGCACAUUCUGUGUGGCAUCAUGCUGGCGCUGGACAAAUUACUACUAUGCCACAGUUUAUUAAAGAAAAACUUCAACCAGUAGUGAAUAGUGAAGAACAAUUAAUAUACGCUUGUCAUUUAAUUGGACCUACUUUGGCUAGGUUUAAUGCUGAAAGACCAAACUGUGUUGUAGAAUUGACAGUCCGUUUAUAUGAAAUGCUUGAACAAGUAGAUCGACAUCAAACUCAUUUAAAGUAUAUGGAUCCAGUUUGUGAUUUAUUGUAUCAUAUAAAAUAUAUGUUUGUUGGUGAUAUGAUGAAAAAUGAAGUCGAAUGUAUUACACGAAGAUUAAGACCAGCUUUACAAAUGCGGUUACGAUUUAUUGCACACAUAAACAUAGAUGAAAUUCAGUCUUCCUGAGACAUACCAAACACAAGUAAUAUGGAAGUGAAUGUAUGAUAGUAUUAAGGAUGUGAAUCAUAUACAUUUUAUUUUAAGGAUCUUAUUUAAUUAUAAUGAAAUUAUUAUUUAUAUCAUGAAAAACUUUUUUUAACGUAUUGUAUAUAUGUCAAUAUAUAUAUGUAUAUUUUACAUAAAGACAUUUUCUAGGAAAUCUAAUUACACAUGUAAACAAAAAAUAAAAAUGUUCUCAUAUGUAACAUCAAAACAAAAUUUAGUUUGUACUGUCUAAAUAAUGUGUAUGUAGUUAUUGUAAUAAUUAAUCAUCCUAG